AUGAUGCAACAUUGCUUUCGCACUUCCCUUGAUAUCGCUUGCCAUGGAUCAGCGUCCUUCGAAUCUUCCAGCAUGUCCUAUGCCUUGCGGGCCACAGCCACAGUGGCAAGAGCAGCCUUGUCCUUGGGCAUUCCCACCACAGACUCAAGUGCAGUAUGGUAUGCUUUACGGGUGGCCAGAGCCAGCGCAGCCUUGUCCUCCGGCAUUCCCACCACAGACUCACAUGCAGUAUGGUAUGCCUUACGGGUGGCCAGAGCCAGCGCAGCCUUGUCCUCCGGCAUUCCCACCACAGACUCACAUGCAGUAUGGUAUGCCUUACCGGUGGCCAGAGCCAGCGCAGUCUUGUCCUUCGGCAUUCCCAUAAGUGGUGCGAACUAUGAGCAUAUGAUGUACGAGGUUUUACAGCAGGUCCUCCCCAGCAGUUCUCGUCGGAAGCUCAUGGCGGGGAGCAUUCAAGACCGUGAAGAAGAGGACCGAUUGACGAUCUGCAAGCAAAAAGUUGCACAUUUGCUGCAGCUCAUUGUAUCUGACACUGCUGCAGUUAGCAUGCAAAGGAGAGGUCAUGGGCAGUCUGAAGCCGAAGUUGACUUAGUCUUUCAGGGUUCCUUCGAGGAGUUUGACAACAAAUUCGGCCAACUAGGCGAAGUCAAUUUCAAAGGCAGCUGCGAAAUGGUUCGGACGGUGCUUGUGGAGAUCUGCUCUGACAGCCGCUUCGUGCCCAUGAAGCUCUACCAGAUUGAGAUCCAAAGCUGCCUCAUUGCACGGGCCGGAAAGCUGGAUGGCACAGCUCUCCAACCAGACGCGACCGGCUUUGCUAUUGUUUUUAAUCGCGCAGCCAUACACAUCGGGACGCAUGAGCUGGUGAAUGAACUUGGUCUUGUCAACGUCCAGAGCUUGCUCGAUAAUCAGAAGCUGCACAUCGUGUACUUCCAAGCAGAGGCUGUGACGCCAGCAGCGAUGAAAAUAGCAAGCGACGCAAAAGCAGAGGCAAAAGAAGCAAAAGAGAAGGUGGACAUGUUGGAGAAACAACUUGCGAGCCUCCUCCCUCUGCUAGACAAGCGAGCCCAACCCUUGGCUCCGUGA